CAUUAUUCCUCGGGUGGAAACUGGGUUUGGGAGAUUGGACGAGCUGGCACUCGAUUUCCUUUUCUUCCAUUCCUUUUAAGCAAGUAUUGCAACUGCCAGCAGAAAGGGCAAUGUCAGCGGCGCCUGCACUUAGUGACGUUCAACAAGCUCAACGCUCAAGCGCCGCAGAGAGACCAAUGUCGGACUUUCAUCCUGGCAUGGCAAGGCCGGUCUCGGCAAAUAUCGGGACACUGCAAAAGGGCAAUGCUCAGAGACCGAGUUCAGAAGUGCUCAACUCUCAUUAUAAAUCACCAGAGGCAGAGGCAAUUGACCGAUGGUUCGAAGACCUGAGCUACUAUGAGCGUACGCUGGAGCAAAUGGCCCGCGCCAAGCUCGAUGAUAACUUUCGUGAGGAGCUCAAGCACAUUGAGCAGUGGUUCAAUGUAUUGUCCGAUCCAGAGCGGACUACCGCCCUCUACAGUCUAUUGCAACAUGCAACACAGGUGCAAAUCCGGUUUUUCAUUACCGUACUACAGCAAAUGGCACAAAAAGAUCCUGCAAGUGGAGCGGCGCCGCCAGACCCGAGCGGAAAGCCGCCUGUACCUCCAGAAGCAACUCGUUUGGCUCCUAAAAAAGUUGCCUCCAUGCCGCCUAGAGUCGCUUCACCUGCACCCGGUACCGCUGUUGCUGCUGCCGCCGUUGCAGCUGCCGCCGCCAUAGGCGUCACCCUCCCGACGGAGCUGGAUGCAGAGGACGACAGAUACUUGUCAGUCAUUCCUUUGGCCGGCAAUGGCCCACGAAGCACACGGAGACUCUACGAUCGCCACAGUGCACCAAAUGCCGAUGAACAGUAUGCCCAGUUACUGGGAGAUCUUCACUCAAGAGAAGGUGUCGCCCAUGGAGUAGAGUAUCCAGAAGAUUACGCCUACCAGCGCAACUCUUAUCAGUCGCUGCGUCAGGCGGGAUCACAACCAGGGUCUGCACGCAACAGCGCCCAAAUGUCUCCACUCUUGAGACCGAACACCCCGGUGGAUGACGCCAUUGCGUCUGCGGAUUGGUCCCUGAAUCCGGCAACUGGACAGAAAUCGACUGUGCCAGUAGUGGAAAGACCUCCCAGCGGGGCACUUGGUAAUGGCACUUUUACCCCACACCUCGGUUUGCCACAUGAUGACCUUGCCCCAAGUAUGGCUGGUUUAUCUCUCCAACCUCCUCGAUCACCCUACGCCCGUCCGGUGUCACCUCGGCCAGUUUCUCCUAUCAUCCUCAGCCCACCCACUCCGGCGGGCGUUCAUGCACCACAUGCUGGCCAUCCUUCUCCUGGUUGGGGUUACGUCGAUGUGCGAUCAUCGACUCCCUCUGCGUAUGCCCAUUCAGACUACAGUGAUACUCAUAGUCAUGAUGGUCUCCGAGAGGAUCAAGAAGGGUACCAUGAUCGGUUACGUCCUGGACCGCAUAAAGAAAAGGGCAAAAUUCCAGAGUCCGUGGAUUUAGAAGCGCUCAAUGAUAUUCCCAGCUGGCUGAGAAGUCUUCGGCUCCACAAGUAUACGCCGACAUUUGAGCACAUGCAGUGGAAAGAUAUGAUCAAGCUCGACGAGGAAGCAUUGAUUGAAAAGGGUGUAUCCGCGCUUGGUGCACGUCGCAAGAUGCUCAAAGUGUUUGAGCUGGUUAGGAAGGAAUUGGAUGCCAAGGGCGUACCAUAUUGAUUGCAGUCGGCGAAACUGCUUGAACACGAGGAUGACAUACUGGAUUGGAGCCUGGCGGGUAUUCAGGAUGCUUACUUUGCACAUAGCCAUUAUCUAUUAGAGUGGCGAUGUAGAGGUGAUGGGGGGAGCAGAACCAUUUAUACUUUUCGAUGAACGGCGCCAUGACAGUACAUAUCAAAUAGUGAUGGGAGCAUCGUCAUGGGAGUGUAUCCCCUUCUGUAACUGAACAUUGAUCACAUUACAAACAUUG